ACCACCAGCAGCAGAGGCAAACGUCGUAACCUUUAUAGACACACCUGCCGAAAAGCAAGUGCAGUAGCCAGACUCCUCUAGAUUAUAGUUUGUGCCUGUUUUGGAAUACCAGUACAUUAUAAGCCCACACCUGUCUAAUAAAGGGGACGUAAUACAACUCUUUAUGGCCCUGCACGAUCAGGAAACGCAGUAUGCAAACAACGCACGUUUGUCUAAAUAACCGCAUUUGGAAACCACUGUUGGUGUUGUGUUUGAGGAGCAGGUUUGAAGACGGGCAGUGGAGGGGAUGCAGUGUGAGGCCUGGGAGGUCUGCCAUGGGACUGAAUGAUUGUGAGGGCCCCCCUUCUCACCCGGCCCUGCGAUGCCUAGACCCCACUGUGAGCUCUAGAGAGGCCCCCACGCCGCCUCACACCCCUGCCAUGGACCCCGAGGCCCCCCUGGACCUCAGCUUCCUGUCGGAGGAGGAGCAGAGCGCCAUCCUGGAGGUCCUGCUGCGCGACUCGGAACUGCGCAGCCUGGAGGAGGGCAGGAUCAGUAAACUGAGACACAGCGUGUUGGACCCCAGUGAGUUGAAGAUUCUGACGGGAGACUGGUUCAGCGAUAUGCGGUCCACGCGGCACCAAGACCAGAAGUACGGUCCAGACAUCGUCCGUGCGUCCAUCCGGCGCAAAAAAACUCCCAAAGGUGAAGCAGAGCAGACUGGAAGCCCGGCACUGCAGAGGAACAAGGAGACCCCCAGCCUGCCCGACGAGGGCAAUGAAAGAGCAGCCGAGACAGAGGGGCAGGGAGAGAACACUCUGUCUCUGGACACUGUGGACAAACACUCACCUGCAGAAACAGAAGAGGGAGAAGAGGCCUCACAGGUCAGUGCUGUUCCAGAGCCCUUCAAUGGUACUGCAGACCUACAGGAGAGCGCUGCCUUCCCCAGCAGGAAACCUGAGGAGCUGGAGAGUGUGCCUCAGCCUGUCCCCACUGUGUCAGUGCAGCUGGACUCUCAGUCCCAAAGUGACCCGGACUCGCUCUCGGACAGCAACUCCUUAAACCAGUCCAAUCUCCCCCCGAACGUCCCGUCUGAGCUGCCCAGACCCCUUCUGAGCUCCAGCCUGUCAGUGAAGAGCCUGCAGUCCAACAACUCGCUCAGCGGCAGUAUGAUGAGUCUCUUCAGCUCGGGGGAGUUUGGCUCUCUGGAGGUGAAGGGCAGUGUUUUGUUUGCACUGCACUAUGACAGCCACAAGGGGGAGUUCCAAAUCAAGGUGUACCGCUGCCAAGACCUCGCUGAGGCCAAGAAACAGCGCUCAGACCCGUAUGUGAAGAGUUACCUUCUCCCAGACAAAUCCUCCCAAAGCAAGAGGAAGACCAGCGUGAAGAAGAAGUGCAUCAACCCCGUCUUCGACGAGACCCUCAAGUACAAGAUCACGAUGGCGGAUCUGAGGAGCCGCACGCUCAACCUGUCGGUGUGGCACCACGACCCCCUCGGACGCAACUUCUUCCUGGGCGAGGUAGAGGUCGCCAUGGAGACCUGGGACUGGAGCGACUGCCAGCCUGCCUGGCAUGACCUGCUUCCCCGGACCCCCAUGUCUCCCGAAUGCAUCAGCAGCAGAGGGAGGAUCUCUUUGGCUCUGCAGUUCAUCCCAGCUGGCUCACAAGGCAGCGGCACUCCCUUAACUGGAGAGCUCCAUUUCUGGCUGAAGGAAGCUCAGAACAUCAUUCCCACGAAGGGCAGCACCAUCGACACCUUCCUCAAGAGCUACGUGCUCCCGGACGACAGCAAGUUGAGUCGUCAGAAGACCCGUGUGGUGAAGAAGAGCCUGAGCCCCACCUUCAACCACACCAUGGUGUACGACGGCUUCCAGAGAGAGGACCUGAAGGAGGCCUGCGCGGAGUUCACGCUGUGGGAGCACCAGACCUUCUCCAGCCUGCUCUUGGGGGGCGUGCGACUCAGCCUGGGCACAGGGUUCAGCUACGGGCAGCCUGUGAGCUGGAUGGAUUCCACAGAGGAGGAGAUCGCUGCCUGGAGAGCCAUGAUCUCGCAGCCGGGCACGUGGGUGGACAUCUCCCUGCCACUGAGGACCAACCUAGUGCCCAGGAGCACAGCCACGGAGCCUAACUAAGAGAUCCAGCACCCCCAAUCCCAGACAGAGAGGACCCCAAGACCAUCUCUCCUGCAGCCUCCAUCGGCAUGCUGCUGUCUGGAACAUUGUAUAUUCACCUGGAUUUCACAAUUCUGAGAACAGAACUUGGAAUGUUUGUCGCAUUGAAUUGAAGAUACACUAAAUCAUGCAGCCGUCACAUGCAAGGAGGUGCAGUCAGUGGUCAUUAGUGACCUAUUUGGUGUGAAUCAGGAUCUUUAGUGAGGUGCAGAAAGCACAUAUUCAAACCGACUAGCAUUUGUUCAUCAAUCAGGGACCACUGAGUAGACGGCAAGUAGUGUAGUCCUUACUGAGGAGGCUUGGAGGCACAGUGGGCUAAUUCAACAGACUUCUAACCCACUGCACAAAAACGGGUACAGUCAGACUGGGAGAGGCCCAGGAUUGGAUGGCAGGCAGGGAGGGAGGGGGUGUUCAGAUCAGGACUGAGGUGCGCUCUCCCUUCUAAAUUAUUUGUAUCAGGAUAUAUCAACACAAAGCAACUAGUGCUUUCAAUCAGUGAGAUAUUGCUGACCUAUCUGAGUAAAUUUCCAUUACAUGGUAGCCAAGCAUUGCAGCCCUUUAAGACACAUGCUUGGCAAGGUUCCUAACACACUGGGCAGCACAGACAAGCUCUUUCUGUUUCAGCUUUUUUAUGCAAGUACAGUAAGGUGCAACUUCAAAAUGAACUUUCCCACUCAUCACCCAGGACUGUACUGGCCAAAGUACGCAAGGAUUGCUUGGAAGAAUUAAAUAGCAUUCUGUAAUUAUUACUUCAGAUCUGUGUUUAGGUUUUUCUGUGACCCGUGUACAGAAUGCGUUACUUGCUGAAUUUAUUAUGCAGAAUGUAUUCUGUGCAAGAAAAUCAAUCAUUUUCAUGUGCAGUGUUUUUAGUUUAUAGUAGUGUGGGAGUCCCUAACAGACAUUUCAGGACACUUUCUACAGUGUAUGGUAAAUACAUUCCUUUAAGGACAGGGCCAGUCAAUCACAUUGAAGAUGAAGCAGCCCUCAUAGACUCUAUUGAAAGCUCCCUGUGCUUGCAGUUUAUAAUAUAGGUUUAAUAAGAUGUUUAAACUACAAUCGCAUACGGCUAAAGUAUGCUUGAUGUCACAGUUCUGGGUGAAUCCAAAUGCUUUGAAUGACUAGCAUGCCUGAAUGACUAACAUAAAUGUGUCGCUGCACACAGUUAAAGGAUAGUGUCACAGUUAGCUUAACUUAUGGGUUCCUGUAGAGCUCUCAGAAUCAUGUCUAACACACAAGCUCCUGUCCCCCUGCAACACCCCUCGUGGAUGUAAGAAAGUCCAUCUGUAUUCUCUGAGGUAUUUCUCACUGAUGUAGUUCUUACAGGUUAAUGGUUACACUGGUGUACUGGAGGCCAGACAUGAUUCUGAGAGCUCUAAUGAGACCACAGGGGUGCAUUAAAUAGUAUAAUUAUAAAGUUUCCUGGACAUGAUGACUGAAAUACAAACAGAUACACAGUGAAUCUGGUCAUCAACAAGAAUAGUUAGGAUUUCAAGUUGCUCUUUAACAUGUGACUUCACGCAGAUAUUAAAAUAGUUUUUGCUUAA